UCGCCUUCCUGGGUCGCGCCGGCGAAGCGCCCCGGGGGUGUCCGGUCCCCGCUCUGUCCCCGCCCGGGCGUGCACCGGGAGGCUGCACUGGUUACGUGAACACGAGGGACGGGCAGCUCAGCCCCUGUGUGCUUGAUGCGUUUGCUCGUAUUUGUUCCCUGCCACUGCUCAGGGGAUGUACUCCCUGUGCCAGGAAAUCCAAGCUUUCUCCCGGGAGAAGCUCAGGAAGCAGCGCACCAGGGUGACCACGGUCACGGGGAGGAAGAUCGUGGAGGCGCGGAACGAGGCCGGGGUGCAGGUGGUGGCGGAGGUGGAGCCGAGCGGUGCGGGCGCUUGUGGCUUCGUGCAGGACCUUAGCUCGGACCUGCAGGUUGGCGUGCUGAAGCCUUGGUUGCUCCUGGGGUCACAAGAUGCCGCUCAUGAUCUGGAUGUACUGAAAAAGCACAAGGUGACUCACAUUCUCAAUGUUGCAUAUGGAGUUGAAAAUGCUUUCCCCAAUGAGUUUACAUAUAAGAGCAUUUCUAUAUUGGAUCUGCCUGAAACCAGUAUCCUGUCUUAUUUUCCAGAAUGUUUUGAAUUUAUUGAACAAGCAAAAAUGAAGGAUGGUGUGGUUCUUGUUCAUUGUAAUGCAGGAGUUUCCAGGGCUGCUGCAAUUGUAGUAGGCUUCCUGAUGAAUUCUGAAGAAAUCUCAUUUAGCAGUGCUUUUACUUUGGUGAAAAAUGCAAGGCCUUCAAUACGUCCAAAUUCUGGCUUCAUGGAACAGCUUCGUACAUAUCAAGAGGUCAAAGAAAGCAAUAUGUGGGACAAACUAUCAGAAUUGGAACAGGAAAGCAAUUUACAAGUUGCAAAUGAUGGACAAAUGUAAUUUUGAAUUGGUCUUUGUACCUAUCUUUCCUGUUUUGGAAAAUAGGCUACUAAAAAUUCCUUUUCUUUUGUUUUCCUCCAGUGAAAACUGAGGUCACUUUGAUUGUUCUGAGCUAAUAUAUGAAAUAUAUUUUUAAAUUAUAUUACUUUCUUUUCCCCCGGUACUGGGGAUCAAACUCAGGAUCUUGAGCUUGUGAGGCCACUGAGCUAAAUCCCCAGCCCUUAAAUUAUAUUACUUUGUCUUUGAUUGUUUGUGUUGCUAAGGAAUAAUAACAGUAUUACCAAUUAUUGAUUUCUGUUGAAGAAAAAGGUUUACUUUUACAAUCUGUAUUAGAGCAUGGAAAGAUUAAAUCAGUUAAGCAUUUUUAAAGUAUUUUUCUUUCAGUACUUUUCUUUUCCAGCCCAUUUUCAUAUGGGAAAACCUUGAAGUGCUACUUGACAUACUAUUUAAGAGGUAAAGUUUUUUGUAAAGAAUAGAUUUAAGAUUAAAAUGAAUACCUUCAAACUCCCAAAUGAGUACCAGAAUCUAAAGAUUUGUACAACAUUUACAUAGUAGCGACAGUAUUCACAAAAAUUUUUAAUUCUCUUAUGAAAACAUGCCCACUUUUCAUUAUUAAAUUAAAUUCAUUAAAUUAAAAAUUUAAUUCUAUUGCUUGCAUUUUUUAAUUUUCAAAAUAUUUGUAUAAUGCUCUUUCUUACAUUAUUAUGAGCUUAUGGUUCUUUAAUAAGGUGAUAUUUUUCUCUUACAUGUUGUAUUUUUUAUCUUGGAUGCCUAGCUUGCUGUCAUAAUUUUUUGGUCUCUUUGGAUCUGUGAGAAAAUGUUUUAUACUGAAAGGUCAUUUUUUAGAUGUAAUUUGUUCAGUGAUCUGUUUUAUAGUUUAGCAUUUUACUGGAGAAUGUAUUUUAAGGAAAGAAAAUUAAUGGUUUUGAAAUAAAUUUUAAAUAAUUAUUAGGAGCGCUAAUGUUAUUUACAAUUUUAUCUCUGGAAAGAGCCUUUGGGUAGUUUUUAUUUCUUUUUCUUAAAUGUUUCCAUAUUAGCAUGAUUGAACUCUGUGCAUUGUAAAUUUACUUCAAGAUUUAAAUUUUUUCUUUCAUAUAAAUUAUCCUAAAUUUUAGUAAUUAAGACAAUUUAGUUUUCAAGAAGUCUUUGAUGACUUCACAAAAAUGAUUAUCAGGUAGAUUUUAGUUUAAAAAUUCCUAACUCUUCUUAAAUACUGAAUGCAUAUGUUGGAAAGUAUACAUAUCUGUGCAUUUUGGAAAGCAGGCCUUUUUACACUGUCAUGUGCAAAAACUAGAAGUGAUAAAUAAAAGUUGUGUCUGGAGAUUGCUCAUAGUCUGACAAGAUGCCAUUGCCUAUAAUGCUGUGAAUUCUUCACUUCCAUGAAGAAGCAGCCCAAAGGUAAUUAACCUAUAGAGAGCUGUUGAAGCCAACAGAGCCAGGCAGAACCCCCUUAAAUAAGAGACUGAUACAUGAUGUCUCCAUCAUCAGUAUUGCUGAGGGUUGCUGGAUGAGCCUUCUGUGUUCAUAUGAAAGUAUUUAUUUAAGUGUAUUUUCUUUUGCUGAAUGCUAUUUAAUUUUCAACUAAAUGUUGUCACAUGAAGCUUUGAUAUAAUUUGAUCAUAGUCUAUAGUUUGUAUGCUUAGUUGUUGCAUGUAGUGAUCUAGUUACUGCUUGAAGAUGUUUAUUAACUAUCAUCUACAGAAGUGCUUUGAGCAUUAAUUUUGUCAAUCUUUUUUUUUUGGUACCAGGGAUCCAACUUGGGUCCUUGUGCUUGUGAGGCAGGCGGCAGAACCACUGAACUAAAUCCCCGGCCCUAAAAUUCAAUUUUAUGUAUAUAUUAUAUAAUAUAUAUCCUAAGGUGAAUAAGUCAGUGUAUUACAAUGAGUUUGGUACUAUUCUUCCCAUAAUUCAGAUGAAAAAAUAAGUCUUCGAGUUAUUAAUAUCACAUAACUAUUAGAUAUUUAAAGCAAGAUAUUUUACCUGUGUUCAGAAGAAUACUAGUUCUCUAAAUGAAGACAAUUAUCAGGAAUGAAUGGUUUUUUCACUCUUAGUUUUCACAUAAGCUAACACAGAAUGUAUGACUUUUGAAUGUCUUAGAAUUUAAGCUUGUCUUUUUUGAAAAAAUUUGGGAAAAUAUGAAAUAUACACAGAAUUAUAGAGAAUAUCAUAAUGAAUUGCCACCAACAUUUAUUAACUCAUUGAGGGUGGAAUAGGGAGGGAAACCAUGUAUACCAGUAUCCCUCUUCUAGCCUUUCUGCCUUCCCUCCUUAGUAGAUUAUUUCAAGGCAAAUUCCCGGCAACUCUUUCUAAAAUCAACCCUUACCCCAGUUUGUCCAUUUUGUCUAUUACAAGCUUUCUCCAGCCUUUCAAAUACCUGUUAAACCUAUCUAAUAGUUGAAAUAGAAGACAAGGAAUCAAAUCACACUUGAUAGUUUUAUUAAAAAAAGUUAUGCAGGUUUUGAAGGUAGGUUAUGUAGGUUUUGAAAGUUUAUGUAGGUUCCAAAAGAUGAAAGGGUUCAUUUAAUUGAUUUAAAGAUAACAGGGUUGGGGAUUUAGCUCAGUGGCACCGCAUCUGCCUUGCAAGAGCAAGGCUGAUUCCUGGUACCAAAGAAAAGAUAAUAGGUGAAAUCUGCAAAACUAAUGUUUCUUUUGAUGUUUGGCUCUUUUUUCCCCCCAGUUUUUUACUAUAAAGAAAUUGUCAAAAAGUAAAAAAAUAAAAUAAAAAAUAGUCACAUUUGAAAAUUUUCACAUGUAGAAGUUUAUUUUAUUUUUAUUUUUUGGUACCGGGGAUCAAACUCGGGUCCUUGCACAUGCGAGGCAGGCAGUGGCACCACUGAGCUAAAUCCCUGGCCCUAUUUUAUUUUUUAAAGACAUGGCUCCUGGGAUUGCUUGUAGAGGUCAGACAGUGCAAAUAACAAUUGUUUUUUAUUUUUGAUGUGGAGAUGACCCCCAGAUCUUAAAACACCCUAAAGCUCUUUUGAAGAUCCUCUGUCCUUGGGCCCUGCCAAGUAGUGGUUUGUCUGUGUGCAUUGUGUGACAUCACAGUCUGAGUGGCCCCAGAGCCAUCUGAGCUGCCCAAGGCCGAGCCCUGAGAUCCUAAGAGCAGGAGUGGUAGAAUGCUCCUUCCCUUUGCUCUCCAUCUGAAGAAAACAAACCAUCUAUUUUGCUAAAGUCAUACUAAAGGUGGAUAUCUUUCUUCUUUACUUCAAUUCUAAAAAAUGUUUUGCUUAUUUAUAGACUUCAGCUUUUCCGAGCAACAAGGUGGUUUUAUAUUUAGAGAUAAAUACUGCAUAGGAAUAAACAAACAUUUGAUGAAUAAUCUGUAUAUGAUAGACACAUAGGCAGUGGACAUACCGAAUUUAUUGAAAAUACAUUUAGAAAUUUUGUUUCUGAAUUUUUCAAAAUUAGUUUGAGUUUAGAAGAAAGUUGAAAGUUAAUUUUCAGGUUGAGCUUUCUGUAGCCCCAGAGUUUCCACCUGCAUUCCAGGCGUCAUGCUAGAGGUUAUAAGAAUAACCUACAAGGGCUGGAGAUUUAGCUCAGUGGUUCUGGUGCCUGCCUCGCAAGCACAAGGUCCAGAGUUCGAUCCCCGGUACCAAAAAAAAAGAAAAAGAAUAACCUUCGGGGGCAAGAAUCUGAGCUGGGGCUGUUUUUCUCUUGCUGUUUUAAAAUUUUCCAACCAGAGAGGUUCUCUUGUAUUUCCUAGGCAGCUGCAAUUUAUGGUCACCACAAGAUUAGAUAAAAUAAGCUAGAAGACCUUAAAUCCUUCCAUUUAUAAAAUUCCUACUCUUUCCUGUUGAUAGUUUGAUGCAGUUCUUUUCCAAUUUUUCCCUUUACUUAAAGCUCUUUGUUUUUAAUCUCCCCACCUGGCCAUCUAUACCCACUAUACAUUUUGGUUAAAUAAAAGUCAUUAUGCUAUAUAGA